AUGGACAACACAGAUGAAGAACUAGUAUUGUCAAUGCUAGAGAAGGAGCGUCAAUCCGGAAGUUCCGCUAGGCUAAAAAGAAGAUCAGUGAUUGAUCGUAGUCGUGAAGAAGGGCAUAGACAAUUAUUCAAUGACUACUUCUCAGAAAAUCCAAUAUACACGGAUGAAUAUGUUCGAAUUGGUGAAAGCAGUGCAGUUGAGUGCUUAGAGAGAUUCGUAAGGGGCGUGAAUGAGGCAUUUGGGGUUGAGUAUUUGAGAAGGCCUAAUACCAAUGAUUUUGAACAUCUUAUACAAAUGGGGGAGUCACGUGGAUUUCCAGGCAUGCUAGGUUCUAUUGAUUGUAUGCAUUGGGAAUGGAAAAAUUGUCUUGUUGCAUUGAAAUAA